ACAUCACCUCUAAACAUAUCGCCUUCAAACUUCUAUGCAGAGUCGCAAGGGUUUUUGCAAACAGAGCUGCUUCGUCGAUGGAACAAUCUUCACCGAGAGCACAUUUCUUAUCUUUCCUAUUUUUCCAUAAUAGUUGCUAUUCGAUCCAAAGCAAACCCCUUUUCCACAUUGACCUUGGUUGUGGCAUUGGGAUUGGCCUGCUCGAGCACUAAGUCGCUGAGCUAAGGGAAAAAGGAAUUAUAACAAACAUAAGGGGGGGAAGACUGGCCACAAAGUUAAACGCAUGGAUAGAGAAGGUUAUUAACAUCACAGCAAACAAACAAAAACAUCCGCCUCCCAGUUCUUAUCCUACCAAAGUUAUAAGUCCUCCCGCCAUUCUGCGUUGUGUGUAUGAAUAUCUUUCAUUGCUUCAUGCUGCACCACUUCACUCAACCCUCUUUCUAACCCCUCCAAACUUUAAUCGAAACUCUUUGGCGGAAUCUCGACUCUCCCACCGUCGACACUACAACGGAAGAGAUUUUUAACAAAUCACCAAACUUGUCACUCGCAAUCAUAUCCAUCACCUUGUUCAACAAUAUAUUGCAAAUCAGUGCAGUGCAGUGCAGUGCAUAGAGAUCUUCGUCCACAAUUUUACCUGCAACAUUACACUCUCGUCUCAAAAGUUUCAUAGAGUUUUAAUCUUCUCUUUCAACCGUUGAUGUCGAUCGUUAUUACUAUCACUCCCGCAUCAUUAUUUGAAGAUCACGGGCUGCCAUGUAGUACAGAGAAGUUGAGCGUAAGAUCAAUUUUAUCCUGACCCUGAGAGAACUGGACUCUACAUACCUGACCAGGUACACGUUAAUAUCACAAGCAAGAUAUUCAUCACACUUUCAACUUUUACCCGUCGAUCCCAAACUUAAUAUUCGAAGUUAGCCCUCAUUCACGUUGCGCAUCGAUAGUACAUCAUCAUUAAUAUCGUACGCUUAAAAUCACUUUCUUUGGGUCUGUACAUCUAGGUACAAUCUCAUCGUCCAUAACUUUUACAUCCGGUAAAAUUAGUGGAGUAGAAAGCUCUGGUCCAAUAUUAUCCCAAGGACAUCAAGAACUUCCUAAAUAUUUCUCCAAUCUGUCAAUUACGAAUACUGGCGAAUCUAUGGCAACCAAACAACAACAAUCAGCUCCGACGCCGACGCGGCCGAGGAGCACAAAUGGAGUUAUCAAAGGGACGAAAGCCGGUACGGGAGAUGAGAGGAUAGUUGUCAUUGUUUUUGGCCAAGGUCAAGAUAAAAUUGUUCCUGUUUUCGCAGAUGUACUUGGAAAACCAUAUCGGAUGGCCACCAACUUUUCGUCGCUUAAAAAUGAGGAUCAUGGAACUGUGAUAGGAAUAGCAGCAGGGGAUGCAAAGGUUGAUAUUGAUUCCCGGAAUCGCUCAUUGAUUGUCGCUAUUAAUGCGCAUUGUGUGGCCUUGGGGAUGCCACCUGAUUUGGAUUUAUCAGCCUCAACAGAUUAUGAAUUUCUUUACACUGAGACACCAUUUUUUCGAAGAGAUCUCUCACGAUUUAUCUCAUUCAUUUUGGGUCAAAUAAGUCAUCACGAAGCACUCAUAACGAAGCCAAGGACUUAUUUCAUAUCGACAACAUUUCCAGACGUUCGGACGGCAUUGUCUAAUUUGGAUAUUCUUUCUGUUGGAUCCGAUGCAGUAGAAAUUCGUGUCGAUUUACUAAAGGAAGGUUUAACUGACGGAACUUUCAAUUCUGUGCCAAGUUUGAGUUAUGUUGGUGAGCAAGUAAUGCUGCUCAGACAGCGUACAGAAUUACCGAUAAUCUUCACGACAAGAUGCACGAAAGAGAAUGGUCGAUUUCCUAUGGACAAUCCAGAACUUUAUUACGAGUACCUUUACCGAGCUAUACAGUGGGGAUGCGAAUAUGUGGAUGUUGAGGUUUGGUUACCAGAGGAUAUCAGAAGAAGAUUGUUUGAGCAAAGAGGAAACAGUAAGAUUAUUUCAGCAUUUCAUGAUUUCUCGGGAACAUUCAAGUGGCCAUCACUCCAGGCUCAAAACAUCUUCCAAGAGAGCCGAAAGUAUGGAGAUAUAGUCAAGAUGAUUACGAUUAUCAACACAAUGUCGGAAAAUUACGAACUGGAAUACUUUCGUUCUCAGAUAAAAGCCAACAAUCCCGAUGGUCCUCCAUUAUCUGCUGUCAACAUGGGACAACUCGGACAAUUAUCUCGAGCUCUCAAUACCGUCUUCUCACCCAUCACACAUCCUCUUCUCCCUAUCGUCGCUGCACCCGGUCAAUUGAGUGCCGCGGAAAUCAAUGGCGCUCUAGCAACCAUGGGUCAACUCCCAAAGAAGAACAUCUACGCUAUCGGUACUUUUCGCUCCAUUCCGCAAGCAACUUUUUUCGAAAAGUGUUUCAACGAGCUAGGUUUACCACACAAUUUCGCAACUGUGGACCGAGGUGUCAAAGGUUCUGUCGAAGCUUUUUGCUUGCAACCUAACUUUGGUGGUGCAUACAUCAAUCCACCUAUCUCAUCUUCACAGCCAUACAUACCUAUGCUAUCGGAUGCAGCACGUACCAUUGGCGCUGUCGAUACUAUUGUCGUCCGAGGCGAAGGACCAUCAGCAACUCUUAUCGGGGACAAUGCAAUCUGGAAGGGAAUUCGUGCAACGCUUACACGCGAUUUUGCCCCUUCAGCAUAUAAAGAUCGAGCUGCUAUUAUCUUGUCGAGUAAUGGAGAAGAUGCCGCGUCGGUUAUAUUUGCACUGAGGAGUCUUAAUAUUGGGAAGAUCUAUACGGUUGGAUUCAAGGCACAUGGACCAUUGGCGGCUGGUGUCGAGCCCUUCACUUCUGUGGAGAGUGUUACCAAAUCUGACACUCCAUUUGCGAUAAUCUCAGCACUAGCACCGGAGAAGACUCAUUUAGUACAACCCCUUCUAAGAUAUUUCAGCAAUGGAAGAGAUUCUCGAGGGCAAGGAAAGGUCUUCGUUGACCUUGCCAAUGGACCAAGAAAGGGAGAUCCGAUAGGUGUCGCAGAAGGAUGUGGAUGGACGGCUUAUGGAGUUGCUGAUACGAGUGCCUUCACAACGGUGGAGACUUUAAGAUUAUUGGUGGGACAGAACGUUCCAUAUAGUUUUGUGCGACUGGCCAGUGGGAGAGGAUUGUAUUGAUUUCUCUGCGGAGACUGAGAAUGGCAGUGACUAUUUUGGGCUGGUUAAUGCGCUUGUGGUGACGUCAGUGCAAGAUGUGGUGUUCUCUCUAUUUUUCACAAGGCAGGCGUUAAGGGACGGUACACAGCGGGCCCAUAUUUCCAAGAAUGAACAGGACGUUGUAGAUGAGACUAGAACGAGAAUGGUUCAAUUGGUCAGGCUAUGGCUUUGUGCCUUCCAAGGUGUAAAGAGUUCGGAUCAUUUUUAGACGGCGGAUUGAGGUUCGCAUUGUCUUUUGUUUUUAUCCAGUGUUAAAUUUAAUGAAUGCAUGAAAGUCGAAAUCUUAUUACACAUACUUGAAUAAAUUGUAUGUACGCACUUUAAUGAAUUGUAUGUUGCUCGUUU